CGUAGCUGGAAAAUAUGUGAAAUGAUUAGAUGUGCACAUCAAUAAUCAUAUAAGCACAGAUGGGAAUCAAAGAUAUUUAUCAUUAUAUCAACGAGCCUCAAACUUCUCUUCUACUUCCUGAUCUGAUGAUACCGAUAUGACAACCACCAUUCCCGCCGAAUUAGUGGCUCUUCUCACCCCACCACCACGUCCCUCCGCUGCCAUCCCCUAUCAAAUAGCUAGCGGCACUGUGGCUUUGUUUCAGGGGGAUUGGAAGAGCGUAAAAACUGAUCUUAUCAUCGACGACUAUGUGCCCAAUCAACGUCACAUAAUCCUAGCCUAUCAAUAAUACGAUAGGACCUCCUGAAUUUUAUACAACAUGCCUGUCGGUAUAGUGAUGACAUUACUUGCUGCCAUAAAAACAGAUGGUUUAAUCGCAGAUCUAAGCAAUGCACUUACAUGCAUUGAUCUGGUUAGAACGGGAAAGACAAAAGCUGCUGAUCUGGUUCCUGCCGGCUUGAACGAUCAGAUCUCAAUGUUUUUUUGCAGGACGCUGGAUCUUAACAUGGGUGCUAUUGAACCGUUUGAUGCUGCCGAUUUUACGGGUAGACGUUCAACCAUUUCCCUUAGCGGGUGGGCUUUCGAUACUCUUGAUUCAACUCAAACUAGAACUUGUAAAACAUAGUCAGUUCGUUCCGUUGGGAAACAUUAAAAGAUUGACAGACGGCUACAAUAUAAGACGGCUACAAUAUACGAUGGUGCAGAUAGAACCGGAGUCUCGUAUAACAAUACCAAAGGCUGGGGUACCACGAAGGAAAUCGCGCGGCUCUCUGACGUCCGCCUGAACGAUGUUGUGAGCUCCUUCAAAUGGCAGAGUGUGAACCCUGUAAAGGAGAUCAUCGAACCCUUCAACACUACGGCUUCAAAUUCAUCGACCGAGGGCGGUCUCAUCAGUAACUCGAACAACACCGAUGCACCACAAGAAGUUACCGUAACCCUCAAUAAUUCGUCUGCCCAAACCAUGGCCGCAGGUGUAGAAGGAAUAGCUUCCGCCUCAGCCCAAUGGAACGUCGCAGUAAAUUAUUCCUACACACGAACCGGCACCGUCAGCAAAAGCGAAACCAAAACAGUUGACCUAUCUAUUUCGGCAAAGGCAACUGCGCCGCCUCGCACCAAAUAUAAAGCUACAUUAAUAGUGACCAUCGGAAAACUUCCCGCCAGGGAAUAUUUCACCACUGCCCAACGUUGGUACAAAGAUCUAGUUAUAGGAUCGCAGGCAGACCUUUUAAUAAUGCCUGGUAUCAAAGAGUCGAGGAUGUAAGACUGAAUCUUACAGGGAGUCUAGCGUGUGAUACUCUGGUGCAAAUGGAUGAACCGAUUAUUACACCAUAAUUUUCUCCACGAUUUGGCCUGUGGUUACAACAACAAUGAAGUUGAAGGUUGGUACAUUCCCUCCUAUAGAUACCUAUUAUUAGCUAAAUGAACAUUCAUCUACAUCCAUUGACUCAUAUUAUCUUGCUCAAGUCUGCUUGUAGAUGAGUGAAGAACAUUCUAUGGCUGUGCUGACGCCAAUAUCGUGUUUUUGUGGUUGCAAAUC